AUGGCCGCCGGUAGAGGUUGUGGGCGGAAGUUGGGGGUGGCAGGGGACAGUGGGGUCAGUGGAGACCGGAAGUCGGGGGAACAGGUGACAACCACGGACUAUGAAGUCAGUGACACCAGGCCAUGUCACAGACAGGUGACAUCCACGGACUAUGAAGUAAGUGACACCAGGCCUUAUCACAGACAGGUGACACCCACGGACUAUGAAGGCAGUGACACCAGGCCAUGUCACAGACAGGUGACAACCACGGACUAUGAAGUCAGGGACACCAGGCUAUAUCACAGACAGGUGACACCCACGGACUAUGAAGUAAGUGACACCAGGCCUUAUCACAGACAGGUGACAUCCACGGACUAUGAAGUCAGUGACACCAGGCCAUGUCACAGACAGGUGACACCCACGGACUAUGAAGUCAGUGACACCAGGCCAUGUCACAGACAGGUGACACCCACGGACUAUGAAGUCAGUGACACCAGGCCAUGUCACAGAGAGGUGACACCCACAGACUAUGACGUUAGUGACACCAGGCUAUGUCACAGACAGGUGACACCCACAGACUAUGAAGUCAGUGACACCAGGCCAUGUCACAGACAGGUGACAUCCACGGACUAUGAAGUCAGUGACACCAGGCUAUGUCACAGACAGGUGACACCCACAGACUAUGAAGUCAGUGACACCAGGCCAUGUCACAGACAGGUGACACCCACGGACUAUGAAGUCAGUGACACCAGGCCAUGUCACAGACAGGUGACACCCACAGACUAUGAAGUCAGUGACACCAGGCCAUGUCACAGACAGGUGACACCCAUGGACUAUGAAGUCAGUGACACCAGGCCAUGUCACAGACAGGUGACACCCAUGGACUAUGAAGUCAGUGACACCAGGCCAUGUCACAGACAGGUGACAACCACGGACUAUGACAUAGUGUGCCUGUUUGACGCAUGUGCAUGA